AUGGAGAUCGACGACGACGUCGUCGUCACCAGGGCCGAGAUCACGGACGCCGCGGAGGCCACGUUCGCGGACUCCACCGUGAUCCCCGACAGGUAUGCCCGGCCGGACGAGGUCGGGGACGGGGUCGUCGUCGGCGGCGACGACGAGAGCCACGAGCUGCCGCUCGUUGACAUGGCGAGGCUGCUCGACUCGGAGUCCUCGGAGGCGGAGACGGCCAAGCUUGGCUCCGCGUGUCGACACUGGGGCUUCUUCCAGCUAACAAACCACGGAGUCGACGAAUCGGUUGUGCAAGGCAUGAAAGACAGCGCUAUGCAGUUCUUCCGCUUGCCGCUGGAGAAGAAGAACGCACUGGCCGUCCACGCCGGCAGCUUGGGAGGGUUCGGGCACCACUUCACCGGAUCAUCCCGCAAGCUGGACUGGGCAGAGAGCCUCAUCCUCGCCACGCAACAGAACGGGCAAACGAGCAUGGACCUCUGGCCCGCCGACCCGCCAACAUUUGGGUCAUUUUUUCAUUUAAACAUUUGGGUCUUCUUUUCAAGCGUCACACGCCCAUUACUGCUCUGUUUGCUUCGUCUCAUUCGCCCGCCUGCUUAUAACACCAGGGAUGCGCUUGAGAAGUACUCGCUCGAGAUGUCUGGCCUCACGAGGCGCCUCCUGGGGUUCAUGGCGAGCGACCUCGGAGUGGAGCGGGAGGCGCUCGACGGGGCCUUCCGUGGCAAGACGCAGAGCGUCGCCAUGCACCACUACCCUCCGUGCCGGCACCCGGACAAGGUGAUAGGCAUCACGCCGCACCAUGACGGCCUCGGCCUGGCGCUCCUGCUGCACGUGGACGACACCCCCGGCCUGCAGGUGAAGAGGGACGGCAGGUGGUUCCCGCUGGACCCGCUGCCGGGCGCCCUCGUCGUCAACGUCGGCGACAUCCUCCAGGUCCUCACCAACGGCAAGUACAGGAGCGCCGAGCAUAGGGUGUUGGUGGACGCCGAGAGAGGCCGGGCGACCGUGGUGAUGUUCCAGGACGCGUCCGUCGCCGGGACGGUGAAGCCGCUCCCGGGGCUCGGCGAGGCAAGGUACAGGGAGAUCGAGUACGGUGAGUAUGUCAAGGGGAAUUUCAGGGGGCUCGCUGAAGGGACCAGGUUCGUGGACAGCCUCGAGACCAAUCGGUUUUGCUAA